CAACCGCACCGAGGACGGAGGCGUUUUCUGCUCUGAUGCGCACUCGGGUCCCCGGGGUCGUUUGACUGGGUCGCUGAUCGUUUUUAAAACUUGCAUUUUGCCAGGACGGAUUAAUCUCUUCGUUACAGGCAGAUUUUGCAUCGUGGAGUGGAACACAUUAAGCAUAAGUGGAGAUGUAAAGUCGACGUGGGUGCGUUGAUAUUUUUGCAAAAACAGGAGUUUGGACGAUUCCCAGAAACUCUGAAAAGGAACCAUUUUGUUCAAAAGUGGGUACCUUUUCUGUUAUGUCUGUUUCCUCUCUGCCAGAAUGGAAACAACUCCUUCUGGAGAAAAAGAGGAGAGAGGAGGAGGAGCGAGAGAGGAGGGAAAAAGAGGAGGAGGAGAAGUUUGCCAGCAUGCCAGCUUGGAAGCGAGGGAUCAUCCAGAGAAGGAAGGCAAAGCAGGAGAGUUUGGGUGACAGGGAGAGGGAGAGAGAUGGCUGUCUGCUGCAGGUGGAUGUCAGAUCUACUUCUGAUGGUCUGAGCGACACAGACAGCUCCGUAACAGUUAAUCUGGGAAGCGAGCUGUCGUUCAGUCCAGAUCCAGGGCAAUGGCUAGAUGCAGAUCCCAAAUCAGUGAGUCAGGUGUCUGUAGAAACAAUAGUUCCAGUCCAUGAAAACCCAUUUAUUCUUACACAGAGCGCAUGGAGGAAGGUCAGGGAUUCAGAAGUAGUAAAUGAGCCAGAAGUUAAGGAGAGAGACAAAUUAAGCCCCAAGAGUCAAGAUGGGGAGUUGGGGAGAGGACGGGAUAUAGAGCUGAAAAAAGAGAGGUUUAGGGACAGGAGUGAGGGAAGGGAAAAAGACAGGAGCAGGGACAGGAGUCAAGGGAGAGACAGAGAGAAUAGCAGGGAGGGAUGCGAAAAAGACAAAAGUCAGCUUAAAGAGUUGGUUAAGGAUGCAGUCAGGGAGCAGGAAUUCCUUAAAGUUAGAAAAGACACAGAGGAAAAAGAAACCCCUUCACCAGCUUCUUCACUUUCCCCUAUUGGUCCGUGUCUUCGGACCAUCCGAGCUGACAACAUCAUCAUCAUUGAACAGGACAAGAAAGGCAGCGAUGAGAGAAGGGGUAGAUGGAGGGAGGCGGAGCGGGAGAAGAUGGAAGAGGACUACCAGGGGAAGAAAGGCGUGAAGAUGGACCUGAGGGAGAUCUUGGCUGGAGGAGGGAGUGUCACAGAGAUCCGAGCCUCUGAAGUUCUUAUCAUAAAGCCUUCAGCUUCCCCUGAAGAGAGAAGUGCAGGGGGGAAAGGGAGAGAGGACGGAGAUAUGAAGGGCAGCAUGGACGCAAGAAGGGAGAGUAUAGGCAGGGAGCUGAGAACAGACGUGUCCUGGCUGAGAGAGAAAGAGAGACCAUGGGGCCAGGCGACAGUUAUUAAUAAAGAUAGCAGGAAGGACAGCUUGGAUGAUAAUGUUUUUGUGGAGAGAGGAGGGAGAGUCAGUCAGUUGCUGAGUAAAUUUGGGGAGCACCCCAAGCCACCGUCCCGAUCCAAAAGCUCUGAUAAUUUCCUUGAGCCAGGGAGGAGAAAAUACUCAGGAGAUCAGGAUGAGCAACAAUCCGAGGAGAGGAAAGCAGACGGAAAGAAUACGCUGCUGAAAGGCGUGCCGAAGCGUUCGUUUAGCUUCUCUGAUCGAGUCAUCUGUGCUAAGGAGAACGGGAUAGGUGAAGGUGAAGGAUUUUAUGAGAGGAAAAUGCGUGAGAGGAUCUAUUCGGAGAGGAGCGUGGCACUGUGGGUAGAUAUAACCAGCUCAGGGAAGGAAACCACAGCGAAGAUGGGGUGUGCACGUCUUUUAGAGAAAGACAAAUUUGCAAAACACAGAAUAAAAACUGAGGAUGAGAAGGUCAGGAGAAAUGAGUCGGAAAUGUGUAUCCAGCUUAAGAAAGUCGAGGCUGUUGACAAGAGGGCGGCAGAGAAGGUUGGCGAUGCAGACGGGGACGUGGGGUUCACGGUGGCGUCAGUUAAAAACACAGAGGGAAUAUCAUUUGCUAGAAGAGUGCCGAUCAGGCAGGAUGGGAAAGCAAGAGCUGAUAGGGAGGUGAUGCAACUAACAGGUGAGAAGAGUUUGGAAAGGGAGCUGAAUGUAGACAAAGAUUCAGAGGCAGGGGGAGAGACUGAGGUGAAAGUUUGUGAGAAAACAGAUACUUCAAGUAAAGGUGGACUAGAAAGUACAUCUGAAGCAAGUCAUGUCGCUGCUGCACUAGAUGCUGAGAGUCACUGCAGACAUGAUUCAGCUUUCACUGAGUGCUCCGGUCUAGGCUCUACAGUCCCAGACAGGGCCCUCCAUAAAGGUGCAGAGUGGAGUGGUGCAAGACCACAAGGGCCUUACUUAACACAGUCUGUUUUCUCCCCACAUGCUGAGGAUCUUCUAAGUAAAAUAGAAAAAAUAGUAGACACAUCUUCUUAUAACAACGAGAUAGGAGAAAGGGCUCUCAAGGCUGCUCAAGAAAAAACCAAAGAGGAUGCACAACCAGGAGGAUCAGAAAACCUCAGCCACGAUUUAACCCCCAGAUCUCCAAAAAGGAGCGCACCCAGUGGGAUCCCUCCAGGCCCCGUGGAGAUUCAGAUCCCCAGGACUGUGUUUUACGUUGCAGAAGAAAUGGAGAAAAAAAAGACUGGGGGUCAAUGCACCAAGGGGCAAGACUGGGAGGGAGGUCAAGGGGUUGAGAGGAGGGAUAGCUGGAGGAUUGGGAAGCCCUUAAGCCGCAUUGAGUCCCUGCGAGAAAAAAUCAGACAGAGAGAGCUGGAGAAGCAGAGACAGAGUGAAGGAAGUGAGGCUGCAGAGAUUAGUGAUACUCAGACAGUGGGGGACCGGUACGAGGAGAGGGGAACUGAAAUCGAAAAACAGUGGGAAGCUACAGGUCACGUGCAGAAGAGGCCGUCCGAAACAGAGCAGGGACAGGAAGAAGCAGCAGCGCAGACAUCCGUGACUGCGUUUGACGUCACACAGGAAGUUGGCGUGUUGAAAACCUGCCCUCAGCUUCCUGUUUCUGUCCCACUGUCACAAGCUGUCAGAAGAGAGGAAGUGACAAGCAAGUAUACCACUGCAGCCUCCGAAGCUACCUCUGAAGGCCUUCAGAUAUCCGAGGAUGAAGACGACCCCCUGAAACAUGUAGAAGCGCAACAGAGGUGCCACGGGGCCCGACACGAGAGCACGGAAGAAGAACAGGAGGAGGAAGGAAAGGAGCUCUCUGAGGAGGAGGCAGAGGAAUACACAUCAGCUCUCGAUUUUGCACAGUCUCUCUCUCCUUCGCCGCCUCUUCCCAACUCCCUCGCAGCCAUGAGCCGGAUCUACAACUUGGAAACCGUGGGUUCGAGGUCAGGCUUGUAUUUGAGGGAGAGGACAGUGGACAUCUCAUCAUCUGUGCACCUUGUUAAGGUGAAGCCAAUCAUCUCGAACUCACAGCAGGGGGACAGCAAAGCGUUGGCGGGCGAUGACAUUUGUGGGGUUCAGACAAUACAGCAGCAGAUUGAGCAGUUUCAGCUGAAAGAGCAGGAAGCGCUGAAGUCUUCAUCAAACACUUCUCUGAAGGACAGAGAGACGAAAGGACAGCAAAGCCCCAGAGGUGUGUUAAAGCAGCAGAAAAAAGGUGACGACCGGAGCCAGCUGAUAAAGGACGAUCUCAAAGCUCAUCAGAUAAAGGAUGACAUCAAGGCCCAGGAGAAGGAUCAGGAAACACCAGAUCCAAACCCCAGAGUCUCUCCUGAUCGUGUUUGUUCCCCAACACCUCAGGGAAAACAAACUAUCACCAUCACCCCCUCAUAUCUCAGGAGCCAAUCCCCAGACCAUUCUAAAAGAGCCACAGAUUGCGCCCCGACCCCGGCCUCCUCCCCAAGCUCAACAUCUCCUGCCCAGUCUCCGAGUGUGUCUCCGUCACCCACUGCAAUGCCUGUGCUCUUCUCCAUCAGGAGUGCCUCUGGGGGCCAAGUGAAGCGAGGCACCACCAUGACAAUCACUCCAAAAAAGUCCUCCAUAGGAGGGACAGCAGGGUCCACGGCACGGCCUGCGGUGUCAGUGUCGACCCCCGCAAAGACCCCAGCGCAGCAGACCCAGACGGUGUCCUCCUCUGCAAAGUCCCCAUUACAGCAGCAGACCCAGACGGUGUCCUCCUCUGCAAAGUCCCCAUUACAGCAGCAGACCCAAGCAGCCCCCGCUGUGGCCGAGCUGGGGAAGAAAAAGUACCCAACCGUGGAGGAAAUUGAGGUGAUUGGUGGAUAUCAGAAUCUGGAGAAGUCUUGUCUGGUUAAGAAUCGAGGGACCCCAAAAAGGGGGAAGGUGUGUUUCAGUGAGGUGGAGCAGGUAUGCGAGUACCCAUCAGAGGCCUCCAUGCAGGCCUUCAAGCCCCACUCUCAGGACCUGGGGAGUGUGGAGAGGCUGCAGGGAGAGGAGGUGCAGGAGGAGCAGGGUGAUGCGGAGGGAGGAGCGGUCGUGGUGAAGAACAUGAAGAGUAUGGGAACUGCAACAGGACCACGUAUAAAAGUGGAUGAGUCUUGCCCUCGGUAGAAGCCAGUCACCUUCGCCAAAAUUGCCCAUGUGAUGAGGUCACCAUCAUUUUAUUGAACAACUUUGUUGUUUGUUUUGAUCAUUUCUGAACUGUUUGUUAAUAUUUGUGGUGUUUUGUUUUCUGUAGCAUCAGGAAGAAUGAGGGACAAAAUAAAGGAACAUAAUUGUGUUUACUGUGGGAAAAGAAUCACCUAGUUUAUUUUCAGGGAAACUGAGGGAAACUGAUGUGAAUGUAUAAGUACAUAACCCCUCAGUGGUGCACUGCUGGGUGAUGAAGGAUCACUUAUCUAUGCAAUAUAAUGAAACAGAUAAGAGUUAUAUUUUCUAGCUGAUAUAUAUAUGUAUAAAUAUAUAUUUGAUAGUUUAUUUUAUGUUAAUUAUGUCUUUCUAAAUUUAAGUCAGCAUUGCCUCAGCACAGAAAAAAAAAAAGACUCUUGAUGUUUAUAUCAUCUGGUUUCAUGUGCCUGCUGGAUUUGCCCAUACAGAUGAUAUGAAGAUCAGUUAAUGUGUUUUGCUGAAAGCCUUUCAGAAAAUACUCCUCUCAGCAGGUGUUACGUGUUACAUGAAUGGGUUUUGGUGCAAUGUAUGAGGUGAUGAAGUUUUUGAUUGUUUUUAAAUUGGGGGUUUAAUGGACUCUUAUUGUUCUCAAUUCUAUAAUAACAGGUCACCUGCUGUGCGUAAAAACCGGUUUUAUUUGGUUAUUUUUGUUGUGUUGAGGUGGAGACUGAGAGGAAGUCUCUGAGAGGAUAAAUAGCAAACAAUGGAAACUUCAUAUUACAGCUGACAUUUGACUUUGUGCAACAUUUAUAAUCUUAUAUAUACAGAGUAUCUUUUGUAAUUGAGUGUUUCAAUUGGUAAAAUAAGUUGCAAAUUCUGUGAUUCUGGGAUUGAAGAAGCUGGCUUCAAAAGAAAAAAAAUCUAAUAAAUAUUCCUGAAAACUG